GCUCCUUCCUUCCUUCCUUCCUUCUCCCUUUUUCCUCUCCUCCUCCUCCUGCACGAAGCAUCUCCGCUCUCCAGCGUCCGUCUCCACCCGGCUCCUCUUCCUCCUCCCCCUCCUCCUUUCUUUUCUUGUUCUUUUUUUGUUGUUGUUCCUGAGCCGUCAUCGCUGCGGUGCUUCCCGCAUGGAAGCAGGAAGCCAGGGAGACCCGAGCCAUGCACGCCGCCUCGCCUCCUGGCACCAUCCUUAAAUGACCCGAAGCUGAGGGCGCAGGGGGGACCCGGACCCGGACCGGACAAUGGCAUGCGGCCCGACCCGGGCAACCAGCACUGACCAUGGGACUGCGGUCCAGGAGCGCAGCUAGUGGCUCGGAGGACCGCAAGAAGGGCCCCCCGGACCAGCAGGGCGGCGACGUGGGGGGAGAUAAGGAUGGCGCCCUGCUGGUGGCGGCGGUGGCAGGCCGGGAGGACUACACGCGGGGGUCCCAGGGCACAUCGGCCAUCGGGCUCCUGGCCAAGACCCCCCUGAACUACAGCCGGCCCGCCAAAAGGAAUAACGUCCGCAAGAGGAGGAUUCAAAACCUCAUCUACGAUGCGCUGGAGAGACCCCGAGGAUGGGCGCUGCUCUACCAUGCCUUUGUUUUUCUGAUCGUCCUGGGCUGUUUGAUUUUGGCCGUGUUGACCACCUUCAGAGAGCACGAGAAGACGUCCGCUCAUUGGCUGGUGGUUCUGGAAACGUUCGCCAUUUUCAUCUUCGGGGCCGAGUUCGCGUUGCGCAUUUGGGCUGCCGGAUGCUGCUGCCGUUACAAAGGAUGGAGAGGGAGACUCAAGUUCGCCCGCAAGCCGCUUUGCAUGCUGGACAUCUUCGUUCUGAUGGCGUCGGUGCCGGUGGUGGUGGUGCGCAACCAAGGCAACGUACUCGCCACGUCCCUGCGGAGCCUGCGCUUCCUGCAGAUCCUGCGCAUGUUGCGCAUGGACCGCAGAGGAGGAACCUGGAAGCUGCUCGGCUCGGCCAUCUACGCGCACAGUAAGGAGCUGAUCACGGCCUGGUACAUCGGCUUCCUGUCACUGAUCCUGGCGUCCUUCCUGGUCUACCUGGUGGAGAAAGACGACGUGUCGGUGGACGUGUCCAACCAGGACGACCCCACCGCUCAGCCCAAAGUUCAGGACUUCGACACCUACGCGGACGCACUGUGGUGGGGGCUGAUCACGCUGACCACCAUCGGCUACGGUGACAAGACGCCAAAGACGUGGGCGGGGAGACUUUUAGCCGGAACCUUUGCUCUGAUCGGCGUCUCCUUCUUCGCUCUGCCUGCAGGUAUCCUGGGUUCUGGUCUGGCUCUGAAGGUCCAGGAGCAGCACAGACAAAAACACUUUGAGAAGAGACGCCAUCCGGCCGCCGGGCUCAUCCAGUCAGCGUGGCGCUAUUAUUCCACUAAUCCAAUCAGGGAAGACCUCAUCGCCACGUGGAGGUUCUACGAAACCAUCAUCUCGCUCCCGUGUUUCAGGCGAGACCACCUGGAAGUCAUGGCAAGCCAGAAGAUGACACUGCUGGACCGCGUCCGCCUUCCUAACGCGCGUCCGACGAUGGCUGCCGUGGCGGUGGUGGCGAGCAGGAAGAUGGCGGCCAAUGCCGAGGCGCUUGAGGACAGUCCCUCCAAGGAGCCCAAACCGGCCGGAUUCAGCAACCGUGAACGCUUCCGCACCGCCUUCCGCAUGAGGGCGGCCACGCUGAGGCAGAGCUCUGAAGAUGCAGCAUCUCUUCCUGAAGUGGUCCCGGAGGAACGCGGCUUCCCGCCCGAUAUCCUGCUGGAGGAGAUGAUCCCCACGCUGAAGCUGGCCAUCAGGGCCGUCAGGAUCAUGACGUUCCUGCUGAACAAGAAGCGCUUCAAGGAAACGCUGAGGCCUUACGACGUGAAGGACGUGAUCGAGCAGUACUCCGCUGGACAUCUGGACAUGCUCUGCAGGAUCAAGUACCUCCAGACCAGGAUCGACAUGAUUCUGGCACCCGGAGCCACCCUCACCCCCAAACAGAAGAAAACUGUAAAGCCGCCCUUUAAUUACCCCAACAACCAGUCCCCCAGGCAUGAAUCCUUCUUGUCCAAACCCCACUCCAUGGCAGAAGCUGAGGACCAAAGCAUGAUGGGAAGAUUUGUGCGUGUGGAAAGACAGGUGGAGGACAUGGAGAAGAAGUUGGACUUCCUGGUGGACAUGCACAUUCAGCACAGCGAGCACCUGCAGGUGGACUCAGCGGGCGCUGCCCAUAUGACCCUGGAGCCCUGCCGCCCCCCAGUAGGUAGCGAUAUCCGCCGGGUCUUCUUGAACUAUGGUGAAAGUUUCCAGCAAACGUACCGGUCGCCUGCCAUCGAGGUGGGACCGGCUGGCGCAGGGGGCGGCCCCUCUCACGGACAACCGCGCCCGCCGCCGUCCGUGCCCACGUACACGGCGCGCCCCACCGUGCUGCCCAUCAGCUCCCUGCAGAACUUGUCUGGGGGGCGCGGCAGGACCACGGGAGGGUGCGCGGAAAGGCGCGGGGGCGACUCGCCAUUGUCGCUGCUGUCGGUCAAUCACGAGGAGCUGGAGCGCUCGCCCAGCGGCUUCAGCUUCUCCGGGGAGGAGGGGGCGGUGGGGAAGGGCGGCUCGGCGGCCAGGGCCCGGACGGGAGAGGGCGGCCGGGCCCAACCCAGACCCAUCUACUUGGCGGAGGGAGAGACGGACACGGACACUGACCCCUUCACGCCCAGCGGUGGGCCUCUGCCCUUCUCGUCCACGGGGGAGGGGCUGGGUGACGCUGUGUGGAGUACGCCGCCCUGAGCGGGGGCUGUUGCCCAUUCUGCAUCACUUGUCCACUCUGAACCUUUAAUCUUAGCCACGCCUCCACACUUGAACCCGUAUGAGGAUGUCCGCCGGCAUGCUGCCGGAACGUCAGUGAUGUCAUCGGUAGGGAUGCAAAAUUUCCACUACAUUUCCGGAAACUUUCAGGUACAUUUCCAUGGGAAGUUAAGCGAAUUUAUGGGAAUAGCUACAAUAUCAACUUCAAUUCCCGAUUAAGAUCUAACCUUCAAUUUGGUGAAUUCCUGGUUUAUUCCCAUUAAUUCCCGUGAAAGUUUCCAGUUUAAAGAAAACUCCCAGGAUUUUGCAACCCCAGUAAUCGGUGACGUGACGCCGCGGAUGGGACUGCGGAGAAGGAAGCUUUACGCCGCCGCAUGCGACGCAUGCUCACUAGCGUAGACGCCGGGCAGGAAGUGCUGGAUGACGCUCACGCCUGCUAUGCCAUCUAGAGAAACAUUUAAUUCAUAUUUCGCAACACUUUCAUACACGCAUCACACGUUACACAUACGUACACUA